AUGUCACACGCUGUACAAAGAACUUUAUCUGAAGUAACAGCUGAAUCAUCGGCUCGAUGGAAGACUAGACAUACCACUAACACUAGUAAUCAUUUUCGAAUUGCACAUCCGAACUUAAUAGAAUAUACUCAGAUGUGUCCACUUUGGUAUCGUGUAGUGUCAAUUGAUGUCGAUUCAGCWGAGUCGAAUGAAGCAUUCUCCUCUCCGCGGCCUCAAAAAUUUCAACGCACAACAAAUGGUCGACGAAAUAUUGCAGGUGUAACUAAUUCUCAAUCGGAUGUGGAAUGGUAUCGUAAGGUUAAUCGUGACGUUAUUGAAUCACAGAAAUCGUUCUCGUCAUCGCGAUCCAAAAGACUCGAACGUAGGAGUGAAAGUCAACAUCCAACACCACAUACGUCGUCUUUUCAAGCUCAUUUAAACAAUUCUCGUCAACAGAGUGAGAAUUUAGUGAAUAUUACUCAUCGUGCUGAUUCACAAACUGAACCGAUUGCCUCCAAUACUUCAUCCAACAAGAGUGAAAGUCGCCAAUCUGAUAAUGUUAUUMCUUCAGCCUUACAAUGUCAACUUCAAAACGUCAACAGUAAUCAAUCACCAGCUGUAUCAAUUCCCUCAAGUUCUGAACGUGGUGUUGCUCAAGAUACGUCGUUUGUUUCUUCUUUAAAUGUGACUAAUAAUUCAAACCGUGCACAAGUAUUAAUAGACCUCGAUGAUAUUGAUACUGAUACUGAAGAUCAAGCUGRUUCGUCUUAUGAAUUCAACCGUAAUUUAGUAACCCGUGCGAUAGAAAAUACUCCGAAAAAUCCUCCAACCAAUUCAUCGAUAGUCAAUGAACCUGAAUCACUUGAAGUUAUUAUUCGUUCCAGGAAUAAUGCUGAUUAUAGAUUUUCUAUCUCUAAUCCUGAUAUUAUUCGAAUGCAUAAGGUUUUGCAAAGACGUAUUUUGAGUUCAGAGAAUACAAGUUCUUCAAAUAAUUCAAAUUUGUAUCAACAAGUCAAUCACUAUAUGCGAGUUUUGAGAAGUGCCAUGUUAUCAACAGACUCCAAUUCAUCAAGUAUUUCAUCCCUUAUGAGUGCUUCAAUUCCUCGAUCACUUACUAUUGAUCAAUCUUCUUAUACUCUACUUCAGAAUACAUCUGAAAUGCCACCAGUCAUAAUUAUUAACCGCAUACAAAAUGGUUGUAUCAUUAAAGAAUUGACAAACUGUGCUAUAUGUUUGGAAGACGAUAAUGGUAAUGUCUUAUUAGAGCCAUGUAAUCAUUACAAUAUAUGUGGGACUUGCAUGGAAAGACUGACAAUAUGGAUUUGUCCAAUUUGUAGAAGUCAAAUAAAAAAUAUAAUUGUUUAUGUUUAA